AUGGUCGUGGUCGUGUUGCGCCUUCCUGUGAACUUCUUCUUUCACUCCCACUUCCCACCACCCUCCUCGACUAUUCUCCUCGGUCACCUUGAGCAUCUCCCACCUGCUUUGAUUGAUGUUCAAUUUGUCUCUUCUUAUUCCACUAGCCCUGUCUGUGACUCCCUUUCAAUGGUUACAACAGCUGUCAUGGCUCCCAAAGAGCCAGCUCCUGCUGGUAAUGCCCUGGCUGAUCCUACAUUGCUCCGCAAAAUCGAUGAGCUAUACGCUUGUGGUGUGGGUGAAUACGUGGAUCUACCUCAGCUGGUAGUGGUUGGGGAUCAGUCAAGUGGAAAGAGCUCAGUGCUCGAAGGACUAACCAAAGUGAACUUCCCCCGGGACAGUGGCCUCUGUACAUGUUUCAUGACUCAGAUAAUCUUUCGUCGUGAGCUGAGACUGAGUGAACGUGCCAUCUCGGCCUCAAUCAUCCCCUCUGCUGAAAGUGACCCAAAUGAGCAGCAGAGAAUGCGGAGUUGGAGAGCCUCCGGACUGCAGUCUCUCCGCCCCGAUGAAUUUAUGCGGACAAUGGGCGAGGUUCAUGAGCACAUGGGACUUUCGACUGCGGAGGAUGAUGGGCGACCUACAUUCUCGAAGAGUGUUUUGCAACUCGUCAUUGAAGGCCCAAACGAAAAUCAUCUCACUGUGAUCGACGUACCGGGUAUCUUCAAGAACACCACAAGUGGCCGUACGACGAAGAACGAUAUCGAACUCGUUCGAAACAUGACUUUGCAGUGCAUCGCGAAUCCACUCUCUAUCAUACUGGCGGUCGUUCCAGCAAAUGUGGACAUUGCCACGCAGGAAAUCAUUGAACUGGCCCGCGACAUAGAUCCCGAGGAGCUGAGAACCAUGAAAAUUAUCACGAAGCCGGAUCUGGUUGAUAAAGGCGCCGAGGACAAAAUCGUGAAGUUGAUCAACGAAGGUAAUGCGAAAGGUCAAAUGGGGUGGCUCCUUGUUCGUAACUUGAGCCAGAAAGAGAUGGAUGAUGGCAACGUCAAUCGCGAUGAUGCAGAAAUGAUGUUUCAUGAAACUUUGCCUUGGUACCAUGUUGCGUCGGAGAACUACGGAAUUGAGGCGUUGAAGACCAGACUCCAAGAAUUGCACACGAUGACUGUGCGUCGGGAGUUCCCAAAGGUUCGGAAUCAGAUCACACAGAGACUCAACGAGGCAAAGGAAGCACUAAGUGCGCUUGGUGACAAACGGGAUAAGCCAGAGCAACAACGGCGGGUUCUCCUGCAAGUGGUAUCAGCUUUCCAGGAAAUUACUCAACUCGCCAUCUCCACAAACUAUGGAGCUCACAGAAUCUUCGACGAGAACCAGUUUGUCCGACUGGCAACACUUAUUUCCACCAGGAAUGCUCUCUUUUCGGACGACAUUGACUCUUAUGGUAAUACCCAUGCCUUUGGCUCGAAGGAAGGGGAUUCUCCUCACGCUCCAAAGACCACGUCAAGUCGGAAGUAUAGGGAGAGCCUUGAUAUAGGGGAGAUCCUUACCGAAGGCGAGCUAGUUGAGAGUUCUCAGCAGUUCACAGUGUUUCCCUGGAUCAAAGAGACCUACGAGAAUGCUCGGGGCUUCGAAAUCGGAACGUUCAACCAUAACAUCGUUUCGACAUUGAUGAAAAAGCAAACAUCAAAAUGGCCCGCUCUGUCUUGGGGUUAUAUCAGUGAUAUUAUCAGUUACGUCCACGUCUUUGUUCAGACAGUUCUCCAAGAAGUUUGCAAGAACCGUCAAAUUUGCGGAAGGAUCCUCUCAAUGCUCCGGGAAGAUUUGAUCCAAAGCUACACCCAGGCAAUUUCGAUGGUCGACUUCCUGCUUGCGAUUGAGCGAGAAGGUACUCCGCUGACAAUGAACCAUUAUCUCAACGACAGUCUUGAAAAAUGUCGCCAAAAGAGACUCCAGGACGAGGUUUCAUCCAAAUCACUCAGUGGCUGUCAGCAUGGAGAGGUUAUCCGGAUCUCGGAUCUCGCUGCCCAACAUCAUAUGAGCAAUGUGGACCACACCGUUCAAGAUAUCCAUGAUAUCCUCGAGUCAUACUACAGGGUGUCACGCAAAAGGUUCGUUGACAACAUUUGCAUGCAGGCGGUCGACCAUUAUCUUCUGACUGGACCUGGGGCGCCUAUGAAGUUGCUCUCUUCAACAUGGGUCAAUGAUCUGACAGUCGAAAAACUUGAGCAAAUAGCUGGUGAAGAGGCGGGAACCAAGCGCAAGCGACGACAGUUACAGAUGAGAAUUGAAAAGCUGGAGGCAGGCCGCAAGGUCGUACUGCUGUAA